UCAUGGUAUCGCAGUGGAGCGUGAUGCCCUGCAGACUCGCCUGUGCCAUGGCAACGCUAACCACUGCUGUGGUGAGGACAGAGCCGGAUAUAGACAGGAAAUGGGCUGCACCCUGAUUCACAUGAAGCUCUCGCGAUUUACUCUAUUCUUGCUGGGUUUAUGCCAGUCAGGCCAUUGAGCAAUGGCGCGAAAGACACAAAAACAGUGUGAAAGGAUCCGAUGAACAGUGCAAAUAAAACAGCUUUAAUUUUAAUGAGAAUAUACAGUGUAAUGCACUGCGAGUGGUCUGCAUUCUGGGUAGAAUGAACUAAUUACGGCUCACAGCUGACACCUUUAGUGUACCUGUGUGUUUGUGUUUGGUCACUAGUUUCUGGGACUUUCAGCGCUUCAUGCAAGAAUGAACAUGCCUUAGAUAAUGGUGAAUUUAAGGAAUGCAGGGCGGGUUUUUGUCAGAUGGUAUUUCUGUCCAGACAGCUGGCCCUACAGAAACGCCGGAGCAGGCAGACACUGAGACCUGGGCUGCGGGGAAUCCUCAGCUGGUGAAGCCAGAUGUGUUCCGGGAAUCUUAGCCUGCAUGUGAUUUUGAGGGGGAGGGGUGAGGGGGAGCGAAAACAAAGAGCGAGAGAGAGAGAGAGAGAGAGAGAGAGAGGGAGCAAAAGGGGUGGGGCGUGCCACUCUUUGUCUUCAUAAGAAGAGCAGAGGAGCAACACGCAGGAAUCUCUGCCUAGUUUACACUUCAAUUGCAAGCGAGACACCAGGAGCCCUGCUUUCAGCAUGGAUGUCUACAAGGUGGUGCUGAACUUUUUAACAAACCAGAAGACCACCAUCGGCUACAGCUUCAUGGCCGUCCUGACCAUCGGUGGACAGCGGAUCUUCACCAUGUUCUCCUUCCAGUGUCCCUGCAACCGCAGCCAGAACGUGGUAUAUGGUCUUACGUUCUUGCUGGCCCCCGCCUUCGUGCUGCUCGUACUUGGCUUCUUCUUCAGCAGCCGGCUUUGGAGGCUUCUGACGGGGUGCUGCCUGAACCCACGCAAAAUGUGUCCUCGGGGAAACUUUCUGGGGUGCUCUUUUGCCCUGCUGAAGGUGUCGGUCCACGCCUUUGUGGCACCCGUCAUGUGGCUGUCUGUGGCCCUGCUCAACGGGACCUUCUACGAGUGCGCCGUCAGCGGCACAGACUACAACCUGAUCGUGAAGAUGUUCUGCAAGAACAACACGGAGUUGUGCGAGCACGAGCUGCCCCGGGUGCCUUGUGGAAAGACCCUGUUAUCCCCAGAUGACACCAAUGCCCUUCUGCUGAUGCUGCGUGCUCAGUCCCAGAUCCUGGGCUGGUGCAUCAUCAUCUCCGUUGCUGCCGUCGGCCUGGCCGGCACCUGCUACACGAACUGUCGCUCGGAGGUCAGCUACCUGCAGCGCACCUUCUGGCAAAAGUACAUAGACACAGAGAGAGAGAAGUUCGACAUCUACGCCACCGAUUACGCCUGCAAGCUGGCGGACCGAAAUCUCACGAGCUUCUUCGAGAACCGUGACCCCGAGGCCUUCCCCUUCCCCACCCACACGGCGUGGGAGGAGAUCUCUGCUCUGUACAACUACUCCCACAGCGACCAGUGCUACAGCACGCUGCAACGCUUUGUGGAGCACGGCGACCGCGACUCCAUCCCAGACAAGAGGCCUGAAAUGGUAGCCUUAAAUGACACCUUCUAGAUACCUGAGAGACUGCCGAAGCAGAAGAUGCCUUUCAUUGAAGCAGACACCUGUGGAAUGCAGCAUGUUGUGAAGUGUUUAAUGUCCAGUUUAAUAUUGUAAUCGUUUUCUUUCUGCUCAAGGUCAUGGGGGGAGGGUUGGAACACAGACAGCACAGGACGCAUGGCAAGCAAAGGCAUUUCAAGGGUUUUUUUUAAUUUGGAGGGCAUAAAAGAAUCCAUAAUUCAGACAGUGAGGCCAACUUUAUCAUUAGCCAAUCGUUUGUUUUGAAUUGGUGAGUGACGGUGAUGAGGGUAAUGCCAGAGCCAAUCAACUUUCAGCUAGGGUCAGUGCACUUAUGGCUCCGCCCCUGUAUGCACCCCUGACGGCAGGUGUAUAUCCUGGAUGGAUAUACGAUCACACACAAAUUACAGGUAAUUUAGAAACACCAGUUAGAUUAUAUGACUUCAGAGUGCAGAAGGAGACCAAAGUGACACCAAGAGAACAAGCAAACUCCGUACGUGCAAAGCAGAGGUGGGAUUCAAACAUCUAACUGUAUGUCUGAGCAUCUCACAACAGGGACAAAUCACAUGCAAAAGACAAUCGUGUAUGAUUACCAGGAGUAAUGCACUAAUUAGCGUGAUCAGUUAUGUUGACCUAACUCAUUCCCCCAGCUUUUUGUAUAGUGUAACACAAUAUCACGAUUCGGUACUAAAGCCACGUUUCUGCAGAGUUACUCAUCCGGCUCCCAGUUUCCUCUAAGAUAGAAAUUAAGGUUAUUAUUGUUAAAAGAUCAAACUAGAAGAAAAACAAUUGAAAACUACAGAUAAACAAAAAAACUACAAAUAUUUCACCUGGAACCGACAAAAUAAAAACUGUUAAGUAUGUUCCAUUGUCAUUUAAAAAUAUUGCUUAGCUAAAGUAAUGGAAGUUUGUUUAUCACUAAUUAUUAUUUAUAAUACUUGGAACAUAUUUUUCCCAUUUUGAGGACAUUAAUACGUUACGUGCACUUUCUGUUCAUGUUGAAUUCUCUAAGAUCAGACCUAUCAAAUAGCUAACUAAAUUUACAAAUCGAAACUGUUGUACCACUGGUAGAAAUUUAAAUAUCUUAACUUAUCAGGUAUCUUAUAGGGUUCAAAGGUAGAACCUCGGUUUCCCUGUAUUCUAUGCUGUAAAAAUGUACCUCUGCAAUGGAGACUCAGGGCUUUCUGGUAUAUUUUUUUGAAUAGGGCACACUGGAGUUCAUAUUAGCACUAUAGUACGGUAGAACCUCUGGCCAUAGGAACUCCGAAGGUCUGCCGCUGAGUGUAGAUGCAUUUCCCACUUAUGGCGAGUCAUGGCACCAUGGUAAGCAGAAGCAUGGAUACAGGUCAAACAUUUGUGCUACUUAUAAUGUGAUACCACCUCAGUCAAGGUGUUAGCAAGAACGUUUGUGGAUUGGGGGAGAAGUGUGAGACAACAGUGGAUCUAGGGUGAAAGGAAUAACCUGUGUUUGAGUUAAGCCAAAAUAUUUAAGGUUUAUACCACCCUUUAAGGCCACCCUUGUCAAAGUCCAUGGCUAGAGAGCUAAAGAUUAUAGUGCCAGGGAGCCAUAUCAUGUAUUAAAGUAUUCUUAGUAUAGAUUGAAGUACAGAUUUAAACAUUCCAAACACCUGUUAUGGUCAAACUGUGGAAAUAUAUGCCUAAACCAAUAGUGUUCAAUUUUGUUGCAACUUUAAUAAAUGAAAUUUUGUAUGCCUUUUCUAUUAUUCAAAAUAAUUUUUUUGUGAUGAUGGAAAAUUUGGUAUUUUUAAACAUUUCACUGUGAACUUUGAAAAAUAAAGCUUGUUCUAGGAUCA